UAAAUAAAAUUAUAUGCACCUCAAGUGUACUACAGUACACAUCAAGUGUGAACUCGAACGUGAUCAAAACGUUAGACCGGUCAGACGUAAAACGCGUUUUCUCCAUUCUCCAAUUUUUUUUAAGAAAUAAAGAGUAUUGCACAAAGUCGUUGUUGAUAUUACAUGCAAAAUAUGGUAUACCUGCAUUUUCCGUCAAACCUAACAGAGGAAGAGUUGAUGCUGCAGACUAAGUUCAGCAAACUGAAGAGAAAGAAAAAAGCGCUACAAGACCUAAAAGCUCCUAAACAAGAAGCCGAACGCAUUCCUCAGGCUCCAAAACGGCCUACGGAAGCAAGAGAUGCUCGCGAAGUUGCUAAGAAGUUGAUUAAAUCUGGCGUAAUCACAGCCCCAAAGACUCCUAAGCGACCAGAGCAAACUUUCAAAAGAUCUCGCGGACUAGAAAGGAAGUUAAAUAGUACAGAAAAGACGAUUAGUUCCUAUCAACCAUUUUCGGCAAUGCAGGAAGAAGAAGAAACGGAGACAGUAAGGCCAAAAGUUAAGGAUUUAUAUAAUAAUUUUGUUGGUGCCUCUCAAGACACUGGAGAGAGAAAUACCAGUGAUACUCCAGUUCCUGCUAAACAAGAAAUUAAACCACGUGCAGGAAAUACAAUAUACGUAUGUGGUUAUAAAAUAACAGAGGAUUAUCUAAAGAAGCACUUUCAAAGCUUUGGAAAUAUUAUCCAUAUUUCCAUGGAAGCAGAGAAAAACCAUGGCUUUAUAACCUUUGAAAAGGCCGAAGCUGCUGAGAGAGCAAUAAGUGAAAUGGAUGGUAGCAUGGUCUCGUCCAUCCAAUUAAAAGUAUCGUUAGCAAGAAGGCAGCCGAUAAUAGAGCCAGUUAGUGACACUAUGUCUAGUUCUAUGUGGUCACCAAUAGCAGCUAAUUAUUCACAGAAAAGUGCACAUAAAGACAGACGGGAACUUAAAGUAUACGAAGAGGACCUCUUCCAGUAACUGCAGGGAGUGGAUGCGAGGAAUCGCUCCUCAAGCCUAUCCUGAAACUGCUGUGCCGUGGGUUCCAAUUCUUCGGAGGU